UUCUGCUUUGGCAGCGCGCACUUGGCCAAAAUAGUUGUUGGUUCGCAUGCAAAACGUUAAAAUCGCAUUAGCUGAAAAACAUUUUUAUACCAACGGCGCGUUUUUAAUUUUUUCUACACUACAACAACACGAAAAAUAUAUAAAAUAAACUAGACAAAGUAGAUGGCGAAAAUGAAAACCAAAUCCCAAAAAAUAACCAAAAACAAAACAACAACGAGUAAACUAAACUUUUAACGUUCGACAAAUUUAUUGCGCAUACAUAAGUAUAAAUAAAUAAACGCGUGUAUAUAGAGAAAUACAUAUAAUAAAUGAUAAUUCAAUAAUUUUCAAACAACAAAAGGUUCGAGCAACGUUCUGUGAAGAAAAGCAAAAACAUGAGUGCUGGUGAAAAUCGGGAAAAAUUGGAAAACCAGAAUAAGAUGUUUAGAUGUAAUCGCAAAGAAAGUGUGUCAAGCCGUCCUCUUUACAAAGAAUCAACCCUAAACUAAAGUAAACUACGACUUUUUAAUGUUAUAAACCUUGAAAAGGACUAACAAAUCGCUGGUAGAAUAGCUGAACAAGGCGUGACUUGUGUGUGACUUGUGAGUGUACAUAACGAAGGGAAGUAUGUGAAACCGGGGCGCAGGAAUGGCCGCCCACUUGCCUCUGGCCCACCUUUUGUGACCGUGCGUGUGAAAUAAAAGAGAGAAGUCAAACCAAAGAAAAAAAAUAAAAGAAAAAAGAAUACACGGAAAAGCAAAAAGAAAACGAACGCAACUACUACAAUCAGCGGCAAUGGAAUAGCGAUUCAAUGUCACAGUCAGCGAGCAGCAUCUAUGUGCACAGAAUCAGAUACAGAUACAGAUAUCCCUAUACAUAUACCCACACCUACGACGAAACCUACACAUGUGUAAACCGCUCACGUAUGUAGAGAAAAGCCAUAGCCGCAGAUUAGUGAGCCAGUUUUAAGGGGCCGACAUCGAAAGAAAGGCGAAUUCGACGACGACGACGACGACGACAAUCAACAUUCAUCAUACGCACCGUGGGACGCGGCGCCAAACGCAAAUGCAGCCCCUGAUCGAUCGGUACCAAAGAGCAUCCACCUGCCAUUGACGACUCUCAGCAGCGCGCCGCGCGUGUUGAUGUGCAGCGCAUCCGUGGGCACCGAAGGAUCCGUCACUCUGCAACUACGUGAUGCGAACUCAUUGGAGGCAGCAGCCACAAAGACAGCAGCGGCAGCCACAUCGACGACGUCACCAAAUGGCGCUGCAAGUGCGCCAGCGUCGACGCUAGAGAAUGCGCUGACCAUCGGCUAUCCGGAUCCGGAAAUGUUGGCAGAUGUCUUGGGCACCAUUCAGACAGCCUCUCUCAAGAACAACAACUCAAUCACAGCAGCAACUUCAAGCAAUAGCUCGACCAAGUCGACGAGCAGCAAUCAUCUGACAAAUCCCAACAAGAUAACCAUAACCAGGCGGAGUGUGCAGUCGGUCAGCACCUCGACGCAUAGCAGUAGCAUUAGUAGCUGCAGCAGCACUAGCAGUAGCAACAGCAACAGUGGCAAGAGCAACACCAGUUACAUCAAGAACUGCUUGAUACGCAGCAGCAGCUGCAGCAACACGGUCACCAAUGUCACCACAUUGGCGCAGAUUAUGAGCAACAGCAGCACCAGCAGCGCGGCCAGUUUACUCAAUCAGCACAACAACAAUAGCAACUGCAGCAACAGCAGCAACUUCAGUACCGCCUCCUCGGUGGGCAGCAGCAUCAGCGUUGGCAGCAGCAACAGCAGCAGCAGCAACUGCAGCAACGGCAGCAACAGCAACAGCAACGACAGCAACAGCAGCAGCGGCGGCGGCCACCGAUUGACUUUCAAGGGCACCGGACGGCAUGUGCCCACGAGCGGACUAGGUUCAUCGGCGGCAUCAUCGCCGAACACGAGCGGUACAGCCAGCGGUAUUGGCGGCAUUGGGGGCAUUGGCGGCAUCAUAAGCGUUGAGGCGCCACGCAAAAAUCGACCCAAAUUAUCAUCGCCAACGCGUCACGGACCGCAGCAGUGUCAGAUUUGUUGCAAGAUCUUUGGAAAUGCCUCGGCGCUGGCCAAGCACAAACUGACGCACAGCGACGAGCGGAAAUACAUCUGUGCGCUCUGCUCGAAGGCAUUCAAGCGGCAAGAUCACUUAAACGGACACAUGAUGACUCAUCGGAACAAGAAGCCUUACGAGUGUAAGGCGGAUGGCUGCGGCAAAUCCUACUGCGACGCCCGAUCACUGAGGCGCCACUCGGAGAACCACCAUGCCGGCGGAGCAGCCACGCCCACCACCAGCCAAUCGCUCUCGCCCACCGCCAGUUCGAGCGGUACCAGCAAUAGUAGUGGCGCCGGCGUGGCCACCAGCUCCUUGAGCCUGUCCCCGGCGACGGCCAGCGGAGAUGCCAGCUCCCCGGACGGAGCCACCUGCAUUCGAACGUACAUUUCCACGGGCAGUUCGGUGGUGGAUGCCGCCACCGGGAUCGCCCUGUCGGACGAACAGAUCAAGGCGAUGAAUCUGCCGAUCAAGACGGGCGUCACCUUGCUGUCGCCCACCACCUCGACCUCGUCGAAUGCCUCAUCCUCGGCCUCGUCCUCCAGCUCGUCGCAUUCCUCGACGGGUUCGGGUUCGGGAUCGGGAUCGGGAACUGGGUCUGGUUGCGGAUCGGUAUCCAUGGCCCCGUCACCGUCAAGUGGCUCGGUGAUAACCGCUAGCUCUCCCACCAUCACGCUCAGCGAUGGGAUGAGUCUCGAGGGCGAGGGUCUCACGCGGGAACAGUUGGAUCUCAUCAGCAAGAUAAUGCAGCAAACGAAGCAGACGAGUGCCCAGGUCACCGUCUCCUCGCCCACCAGCGUCAGUUCCUACAAGAUCAACACUAACUCGUCGCCAUCGCAGAACAGACCGCGCACCUGGAACAUGCAAUUGCUAAAUAGUGCACAGAAUGUGACUGUCACAGUCGAGGACAACUCUGAGCUCGUCACUCCCUCCUCGAACUCACCCGUGGAGGUCAAGGAGGAGGAGCUGAGCCCACAGUUAGUGGGCAACAUGAAUCCCAACCUGCUCAACAUCGUAAAGCUCGACAAGCCCGUGGAGUGCAAUCUCUGUCACCGCAAGUUCAAAAACAUACCCGCCCUCAAUGGGCACAUGCGUCUGCAUGGCGGCUACUACAAGAAGGAUCCGGAAACCAAGCGCAGCGAGAAGAAGGACUCCAGUGGUCCGCCCCUGCAGACGGCGAGCAUUGGCGUGCGCGCCCUCAUCGAGGAGAAGAUCAUCAGCAAGCGCAAGGACAUGACUAAGGGCUCCUUUGUGGUUCCGGCACCACCGCACAGCAGUGGCACCACCACCACCCUGCGUCGAUCGAUCAGCGACCUGGAGAGCUUCCUCAACCCGAAGACGAGCACCAGCAGUCACACCCAAACGAUGACCACCACCACGGGCACCACCACAGCGGUUCUCCCGGCGGCCACCACCAUCAAGAGCAGCAAUGGCCUCAGUAUCCAGCAGAUUGGCCUGCCGCAGAGCAUCGAGAUCUUCAGCGGCGGUCAGAAGCAGGCGAAGACGCUGAACCUGGGCAGUGGCACCAACACGAUCACGAUAACCACCAACAACGUACCCACCACCACGACGAUGAGUGCUCUAACCGCGCUGAAAGCGGGUGGCACCAUCAGUGGCAUCUCCACCGCUACCAACACGGAUCCCAAGGACUCCACACUUAUUGAGCUCCUGAAACGCGGCACUCGCAUUGCGGUCACUUCGAAAAAGAGCCAAUCCCAUGGCCAGACGGGAUCCAGUAUAAUGAUGACCUCCAGCGGAGCGGCUACAAAUGCAGUGGGUGCUGUCACCGAGCUGACCACCAUCGGUGCCGGCGGAGGAGUGCAGACGGUGGGCCGUCAGAUCAUCACCAACAACAACCGCACCGUGAUCAUACCCUCCGAUGUCCAGGUGGUGUCCACCAAGAGCAAGCUGAGCAGCUUGAGCAGUCUGGUCAAGAGCAAUAUGACCGGUAGUGGCACCUGCUCCUCGGGCAAUCUUUCGCUGGCCGAUGGCACGCCGCUUUCCCUGACCAUUGCGCCCAAUCAGGAGGUCACCGGAGGUGGAUGCAACUCCAGCGGAUCGGGUGGCGUGAUCACGAGCGGGGGUGGUGGAGUCUACACGGUUACCUACACCAGUGAUGGCACCGAUCUCUUUGACGAUGCCGAGGUCUACAACGUUUCGGACACCGAGAUGCUGCUGCAGACGGUGGACUCCAUGGAGCUGCUCAACGACGAGGAGAUCAAGAGCGAACAUUCCGAGGACUUUGCCCUGCUCAGCGAGGCCGGCGAUAGUGCGCACACCCAGCUGGUGAAACUGGAGCCGGAAAAUGGACAGGCCAACUCCGGAUCGGGAAGCGUAUCCGCCGCCAACACCACGCCGUUGCCCACCUUCCAGCAAUUCCAUUCCAAGGAGCUGAUCAUGCAGAACAGUUCGCAGAUCCAGGCGAUAGCCAGCAUGCGUGGAGGUGGUGGUGGCGUCCUGGCCUCGCCGCUCCACUCGCCACUGGCCUAUCCAACUCCGCCAUCGAGCCACGAGAAUAUGGCCCAGAGUUCGCCGUUCAUCGAGGAUGCGGCUGCCCAGUUUGUGGACGCCAGUAACACCUUCUUCGGCGACAAGACGGACUUCUCGCACAUCUACUUCAAAACGGAUGAGGGGGAGGCCACCAUUGAACAGCUGAAUGAGCACGACAACGAGAAGAUCCUGAAACUGAAAUCAGUGCUGGAGGAGAGCAGCUUCGAUCCCUCGAUCAAAGUGGAGGACCUGCUGAAUGGCACAGAUGAUGACACGGAGUGCGAUCUGCGGGAGUUUGCCGAGACUAAUCUGUCGUUUUUGGACGAGGAUCAGGAGUUCCUCAAUGACUCGAGGAACGCCACCUCACCGCUCUCGGAAUCCUUCUUCACCAGCGGCAUUGGCUCCGCGGAAGAUGUGAAGCAGGUGCUGCGAGAAGUCCUGCCCGAUGAGAAUAUGCAGCUGCAGCUGAGCAGCGAGCAGCAGGGCGAGAACAUCAUCGAUCUCUACUAUUUGCCUGGCUUGGGCCUGCAAUCCCAGAUGAUGCCCAAUUCGGAGGACCCGCUGCUCUCCUCCUCGCCCCGGGAGUUUGGCCAGCAACGACAGCAGUUGGCCAUGCAGACCACCAGCAUGCAGCAGCCCAUGGAGCAGUCGCUUCAGGACAACCACAAUCUCUACCAGCAGCAGGAGCAGCAGCAACAGCAUCCGCAGCAGCAGCAAGAGCCACACCAGCAGCAACAAUCCCAGCAGGAGCAGACGUCGCAGCAGGAACAACAGCAGCAGCAGCAGCAGCAGCAGCAUCAACAGUUGUUGCUGCCGCAGCAGGCACUCAAUCAAGCGGAAUCCCUGCCGGCGGUGGGUCAGCAGCAGGGUGAUUUCAUGCUGCCCCUGGUGGGAGGUCAUGGAUUCACCCAAGUUACCAGCCAAACGCAAUACAUUGAUGGCAGCCAGGGCGGCAUGGGGAUGCAGCCCCUCAACAGCCUGCUGCAACCACUGCUCUACGGUGGGGCAACCACAUCCAAUGGCAGCGCCUCAGCCGGAGGCAACGAAUCUCUGCUCACCACCGAUUGUCAAAUGAAUGCCAAUCAGGGACAGAUCGAUACGGGCCUGUUGUUCGCCUGUGGCAACACGACAACCAUGACAGCCCACAAAUCCCUGGCGGCUCUCGUGCCAAAUCCGCCGAGUGUGGCUAAUCUGCAGCCGUUGUCCAACCAAACGAAUUCCAUUCUGAAGCGCCGCCUGCGCUCCAAUGCGCCCCAGGAGACGCACAAGUUCUCCAAGUUCCACACCCUGUCACCGCAUCGUUCCAAGCUGCGGAAACCAUCGCGUACCCACUAUACGCCCGCCCCCAUCCUCAAUCCGGAUCGCAAGGGCACUGGCCUCUACUGCAAUGUGCGCAAGCAACUGGGUCAGGGUUUGUUCGACGCCUUCGACGAUGACUUCGGGGACCCGGUGGGCUUGGUGGACUUCUCGGAUGAGUCCAAGGUGAACUUGGGCUCCACCUACCAGGCGCAGAUACCCAGCUGUCGGCCGCUGGAGGAGGCAUCGCGCGAGUCUGCGGCCGCCGAGUUGAUGUGGAAUCCCGAGGUGCAGGAGGACGAGAAGAUACUGAUGCGCUACAUUGAUCUCAGCAAGUCGUCGGCCGUGCCCAUGGGCAGUCAUUCCGAGGAGGUGGCGCUCCAAACGCUGCUGCGGGCCAAAGGAAACUCGGCGGCGGCUGUGCUCAGUCUACUCCAAACGCAGUCCGGCGCCUUCCAGAUGAAGUGGACCGCCUACGAGCUGGAGCAGUUCCUGCGCGGCUUGGAGAAGAAUGGCAAGGACUUUGGCAAGAUCGCCAGUGAGCUGCAGACCAAAUCCUCCGGCGAAUGUGUGCAGAUGUACUACUUCUGGAAGAAGCUGUGCGUGGACUACAAGGUGACGCACUUGAAGAUGGAGCCCGUGGUGGUAAUCACACCCGCGGUGGAGAAGCCCUAUGUCUGCGAGAUCGCCGACUGUUCAGCGAGCUUCAGUUCGAAGGCGGCGCUGCACGGCCAUGUCCGCAUACACGCUUACGGUCGCAGUGCCAGCAGCAACACCAACAACAACAACAACAACAGCAGCAGCAGCAACACCGGCAGCAGCAGCAACAUGCAACAUGGCGCUGCAAGCAGUGGCAGUGGCUCUGGCGGCAACAACAGCAGCAGCAGCUACGCAUGCGCAACACUGAGCAGCGGCAACAGCAGCAGCGGCAACAAUGCCAGCAGCAAUACCGCUGCAGCUGCAGCAGCACACAGCAGCAACAUGCCCCAGGGCGGCAGCAACUGCAGUGGCCAUGCGAAUGCGGCUAUAGCAACGUCUGCGCUUUCGACCACGCCCAAAUUGGAGGCGGGCAUGGGCAGUGCCACGAACAUAGCAAUUGCCAAGGAGGGCGAGUUCCCCUGCAAGGUGUGCGGCAAAGUCUUCAAUAAGGUGAAGAGUCGCAGUGCGCACAUGAAGACGCACCGCGUCCAGGAGCCGGAUCAGAAGCACCAGCUGAACCACCAGGCUGGAGCUAGUCACCUGGCCACCGUCGCCUCAUCAACCAUAACCGCACCAUCGUAGACACCGAUCGACGAGGAAUGAACGGAGAUUUCCCUGUACAUAGGGUAUCCAUGGGGCGUAUAUAGCAAACAAACAAAAAUCGAUUGACAAUCGCAUUAAGCAAGCGGCAAGCAUUGUUUACCACUGUUAGAAUUUAUGCUUAGACGAAUUUGAGUCUAAAAAUCAAUGUCACGUGUACGUAGUAGUUAAAGGCAUUUCUUCACUAGGUCUAUCUGAAUCUAUAUCUCAAGCCCCUCUUCUUCAAUCACUUCUCUAUCUAUCUAUCUAUCUUUCUAUACCCUAAGUAGAAGACACUGCGACUCGCUGUAGGUUAUAAGUCUAGCCAAGGAUUGGUACAAGUUCAAAUUGAAUUGUUAUUGACUAUUGUAGGCAGGUGCAAUAUUUAUGUUGAAGUAACACGAAAUACGAAUAUGUAAAUGUAAAUGUGUAUGAAUGUACAUGUACAUUUAUACCUACCGUUUUUUAUAGUAGGCGUUUAUUCAGCUCGACUCGACUGUAGAUGUACUCUAAAUCUAAAUUUAAAUCUAAAUCGAAACCUUAACGUAAAUCUAAAACUAUACUACAACCAUGGCUAAAGCUAAGGCGAAAUCCCGAUCUAUGAUAAUUACUAGUGCAUAAUUACUGUUAACUACAAGUUUUUCUACUCAAAUACUCGUACAUAGUUGCAACACACUACACUGAUACUUUACUAGGGCGAUAAAUGUGUAGGGCGUAAGAGAAUCUCUAUAUAUAUACAUACUUGAUAUAUAAUAUAAUAAUACUUGCCUAGGUGUACGAUGUAUGCGAUAUAUGAUUGUUGUUCUAGUUUUAACGACGCAAGUCAGCAACUCCGAGUAGUUGAAGUUUUACUUAGAUUGUACUUACCUACCUACAGACACCUAAACUAUUUAACUAUGGCUUAGAAACCUAAACUAUGGCAAAAAACCCAAGAGAAAAUCUAGUGAAAUCAAGUGAUAUUGAGUGAGAUCAAAAACGAUUUUAGCUAAACGUGAACAAAAUUCAAUGCACACCAAUGUAAAUGGAAGUUGAGAAAAGUUUUAACUUUACUUUUAACGACGCAAAGUUGUAGGUUGUAAGACACUGUACAUACGAGUCUAGCAAAUUAAUCAGUUAAGGAAGGAUAUGUUUCAAAUUUCUCCAAAACGCAUAAAAGACAUUAAUCUAUUUGUAAUUCUAGAGCCCCUCUCCCCCUGACCGCCCCUUGCCCCUCCGCCCUACAACAAAAACGAACACAAACACACAGACAACGAGGGUUUGAACUUCGAACUUUGAGCCUUGAACCCCAAAGAGCCCACACCCACACACACACAAAGAGACACUCACAGUGCAGUUUUAUAUAGGCCUAGGAUAUACAUACAUAGUUAUUAUAUACAAGCAUAUAUUAAAUUAAAUGGUACAACAGUAAAUCUGCCAGCAAUUUGAACAACAACAAGAAUCACACGUUUUCCAUUUGGACAGUGAGCUAAUGUACUACAACAAAUUGAUCAAUUGAUUCAGCGUUUUUGAGGCCGAUGCCGAUGCCGGGUAGUAUGUUAUUGACAAUGGCGUAACUUAAUCUAGUUUAAUGUAAAACCGAUGCAUGCAGGGCUAAAUCGAAAACCAAAUGAAAUACUUACGUUUAGUCUAAAUACCUUCCUUCCACGCCCCUUUCCACGCCCCUUUCCACGCCCCUAUCUCACUGACCCGCAGAUCCGGACAAAAACUUGGAGGAUGGGAACUAUUAGCAAUUUUUAUGGUUGUAUUCGCCAGAAAACUGAAAUGAAUCAGGAGUUUGUAAAUAAAAUACAUUGGAGAUGUACAAAAUAACCCGAUGUGGAGGACUUAUCCAUAUGCUGUUCUAUUUCCUUGGCCUUGUGUUCGCAAUAGCAUUCGUAAUCAUAAAAUAGUCAUAGAUUUAGUUGACGGACAACAUAAUUCUUGCAUAUUUUUCGGUGUUAUAUACAAUAAGCGUAAGCAGAUAUACAUGAAAACAAAUACAGCUACAGCAGCCCACCAUAUGAAGCACAUUCAGUAACUGUUUGUUGUGGGCCUUCGAAGCCGUUUAAAGACUUUCUCGCGUACAAAUACCAGCCCGAACAUCUAUGUAUAUCCGUCUAUCCGUAUACCCGUGUUCCCAUCUGUAAUAAUCGUGCUUGGUUGUCUGCAUUUUAUCUACACAUCUUCCGUUUCCGCUUCUGUUUCCAUUUUCGUUUCCGUUUUCGUUCCCAUUUCCAUUUCCGUUUCCGCCUGAGUUCGUCCAACCACACUGUUCGAUUCUAUUCUAUGCUCAAAUGCCUUCAAGCGAAUAUAAGUCUUAAGUAUUAUUAAAUAAAGUAUCCACAAAUGAGUGUUUAUCCUUAAGUAAGUGUUCAAAUCUAGGCUUACGUUAGCUUAAGUUGACAUGAGUGUGCACUUUGUUGCUUUUCAAAAAAGUUUCCUAAAGACAAUGAAUGGAUAAACGUAGAGUUAGGCAUUUGCUCGAACGUCUAGUCUAAUGCCGUAGUUUAAUUAUCACCUAGUUUAUUUAUAUUUCAUUUUAAGUUUUAAUUACUGUGCCAAAGUGUUUAUCGUUUACCAAUUAAAUGAUUUCAACUGUUUCAUUUUUCCACGACCGUCUUGCCUUUUUAUUUAUGUAUCUACAGCAUCGUAUGUAAAUUCAAUAGUAAAGGACAAUCUGUGACAUUGAGUACUAUACAUUCCUAAACACUUCGAAGCGAUAAUUUCCGGAAUCAUCUGCGUCAGCGAUUCCACCUCACUUACACACUUAAUUCGAAAACUCUGCGUUGUGAUUGUUCAUUAAGCGAAAGUAAUGAUAAACUGUAUUUAUGCAAUGCAAAUACGUAUUUAAGAGUAAUCUGUAUAUAAAUAGAUGGCGGCCGACGCGGCUCCAGCUUCCUCAAAAGCCAAACUAAUUCUAGCUCAGAAUUCAGAUUCAAAUUCACUCAAACCAUCAGUAUAUACAAUUUGCACUCCAAUUCAAAGAAACUAUAUACUUGCAUGAGUGGUUUACUUCUUCUCAGCAUCUGUUUGCAAUAUUUUGUAAAUCGUACAGAUACACAUACUACCAUUAAUGUCAUACCGAAUGAGGGAAAACCGAAUAUUAUAUAUUUAGAAAACGCAACAGAAUUACUUCGAAAUACAAUACAAAACCUUUUGAAAUUGAAAACGAUUGAUAAUAGCUAUUAGACAUAUCAAUUUUAUUUAAAAUCGAAUCGAGAGAUGCAUUCAAAAAAUCAGAAAAAUAUAUAUAUAUAUAUACAUACAUAUAUAUAUGUAUACAUAGUCCGUACACCUUCGUGUACACCAGUGCAAUAUUGCAUUCCUGUUUAGCGAAUAAGUGGACAUUUUUAGGCGUCAUCGUAGUAUUUACAGGAUCUUCUGUUGGGCACCUCUUUCGAAUCUUUGCUUUAAGUGCGAUAUCUCAGAGUAUUUAGACUGACGAGUAAUAAAACGAUACCAAAUUAUGAGAUACUAUUCUGGAUGCAGUGCAUAACCCUUCGUUUCUGUGCCAAAAACAAGGAUCGAUCGCGAUCUGACUACAGACGCGAUGAAUGGCGUGACAAACUUUACCGCUCAGUAUUAUCGAGAUGUCCGACCUGCGACCCGGAAAAAUCGGGAAAUUUGGGUUGGGCGGAUCGGCCCUGCUAUGAUUAAGUACCAUAUACAAAGAACUACACAAAUCUACGAUGUAAGUUUUAACUGUAAUAUGCAAAGGGACACUUUUAUAAAGAAGCAAACUGUUACUUUAUGGCAUUUAGUUGAGAUGCUGUAACCUCUUGUUGAUCGUAAAUUGUACGUAGCAUGUAAAACCUAUUUAACUCGCAGACACCUACACACGAAUACAUAAAUAUAUAUACAUAUGUAUUUAUACAGUGCUAAUAUUAAUAUUCUGAUAUGAACGAAUAUUUUAUGGUACAUCUAUAUAUGUACAUAAUAAGAGUAAAUGUAAACUUCAAUGUUUUCAUGGUUGUAAACUGAUGAUCAAAAAUAGAUUUAAUGAAUUUUACAUGCUUUUAUUUAAACGCAGAAUCACUUCGACCUUGCUUUACACUUUUUGGUACCUAAUAAUAUUUAAUAAUAUCGUCACAUCUAAUGGCAUUUCUUUCAACGAACACCGUACCCUUCUUUUAACAUCAAUCAUUCGUUGUUUUUACCAGACUUACAAUCUCACAAGCGGUGCAAUGGAUAAGCGAAAUAUUUUCUGAGCAGCACACAUUCUUUGAUAAGAAAUGAUCGAUGUAUGCGAUAUUUGAAAAAGAAAUCAUGAAUAUUCCCUCCAAAUAAUUUUUAAAAAAUUACGUAUUUGCUAAAAGUCAAAUCUCUGAUAACUGUAAUGAAAUACGACGGAUGGGUUGACGGUUCCGACGAACUCAACUCCCAAAUCUGUUUAUAAUGGAGGAAUACUGUAUUUAGCAUGAUGUUACCAGUUACAUUUAACGUAAUUACAAUUACAAUGAUUAUUGUGUAUUGCAUGUGUAUGUGAAGUGUAUGUAAUUACAAUUAAACUCUUUAAAAAAACAAAAAAAAAAUGAAAAUGAAACGAAAACCGAGAAAUGUGGAAAGAGAAACUAUGGCACACAUUUGCCAUUUAAUAGUAGUCAAUUCUUCAAAACAAAACAAAAACACAAAAAAACAAAAAUCAAGAAAAAAAAGCGCAUUAGGUUAAGUGUGAAGAUGCAUGAGGAUAUAUGGACACUAUUUUCUAAACGUAUUACAACAAUAAUUUAUGAAUUUGUUGGUAAUUUUAUACAUAUAUAUACACCAGUUACUUUUGUUAGCUAGCAAAACGACAACGACAACUUAGGUAGCGCCGAGGUAGAUAAACUUUAUGAAUGUUGUACCCAAAGCCCACGCCCCGGACACCCGCGAGAGCACACUGUACAGGCACGAACCUCAAGGCAGGAUGGGUCAUAGUUCAAGAUCUAGAUCUAGAUCUAGAUACCACGGAUCCCAGAUCCUGAAGCCCGUCCUUGCGCAUCCUACCUAGCUAGUUAGGUCCGCGUCCCUUAUAACACGAUUUCUGCUCAUACUAUACACUAUACAUACUGUACACUAUACACACUGUACACUGUACUCAACACACUCACUGAUUACAAUCUCUGUUGGAUCUGUUGUACUCUGCCAUUUUUUGGUGUGAUAUUCUAUUGGUUGUGGCGGUUGCUUUUGAGCCGCUUUACACAUUGUUGCAUUUCUACUAAUACUAAUCGUAGUUGGCCUAAACUGGGUCACAACAUGAUGAAAAAACAACACAAAAAAAAAACAUAAACUUAAAACCAAAAAAUCAAUUAUUAUGUAACUUAUUCGAUUUCCAGUUGUUGUUUUGGUUGUACACAUGCGUAAUGGUUUUAAACUCGUUUUGACUAACUGUAACUGAUUGCCAAACUUUGUUAACUAUUUUAGUCCAUACAUACGUACAUACAUACUUUUAGGUUUAAGCACUUGUAAUUUAAUCGAACAUGAUUUGAGCAAAUUUAAUGAAAAUGAACUAAACUUACAAAAACACAAAGCGAAAAUAAAGUGGUGGUCGUAACUAAAAAA